AUGGCGUUUCAGGCAACAGAGGAGGUCCAUAUCGACCCCACCCUUCAGAAUUUCGACUACCCAACCCCGGACAGUGAAGACAUGCGGUCAGAGUACAAUAUGGCUGAUUGUCUGACCAUCGAUGUUGACUGUCCACCGUUGGGCACCAGUACAUGCUCAAGCUUUUCCCCCAUGGACUCGCCGACCCCAACGCCUACGUCACUCUAUAGUCAAGGGUCUCUAGCUUCUCCAGGUUGGCAUGAAGGUCACGGUUACCAUCAUGGACUAGAAGCUCCGAGGAACUCGACUCCCUUGCGAAGCAGCUUCCGCAUGGCUGAUAUAACAGCCGGCGAGGGUAUAAUCCCACACUACGAUAACGUCGACGGACAUGAGCGUGUUCCGCUUUUUGACUAUAUUCCCGGCUAUACCGACAAUGUCGACCAAUUCUGGAUUCCCCAAGACAUGUCAAAAAGCUUUGAGCAAACAAACAACUUCUCUUGCCAGCAGCCUACAAUGGCGCCCCAAUACCCCCAAAUGGCGCGCAACUAUUACCGUAAUAACCAACCUAGCUAUCUACCAGAGUCAGCAUCCAACCCGUGUCUGUCUCGGCCAAUAUUCCAGCAAAAUGAGCGACUACCGAGCUCCAUGUCGAUGAGCAACAUGGCCCAUUGGAUGCCAUCGGCUGAUAUGAUGCAACCACAGACAAUAACGCCAGCUCAGGCUUUUCCUCAAGUACCAAUGACACCGCCAUCCUCAUACUCGGGCUUCCCCGGUUCAGCUCACACACUGCGGACACACACACCAGUCACACCUGUGCGAUCAUGCUCCAUGGGUUCCGGAACUGAGACCCCCAUGACGCGGCUUUCGGGCGGUCCCAGCGAUCAGACCGACGAGGAAUGGAUUUCCCCGGGCAUGCGAGAGAGUUUACGGCACAGACAACUACAACGGCAACCAUCGAAGAAAACAAUCAAGAAGUCGCUGUCGAAGCAAAGUUUAAAACUAGAAAACCUUCCUUCCAUUAUCAAGCAAGUACAGUUCCGAUGCAAAGAGCCUGGCUGCAAAGGUCGGUUCAAGAGACAAGAACAUCUCAAACGACAUAUGAAGAGCCACUCCAAAGAGAAACCCCAUGUCUGCUGGGUCCCGGGCUGCAACCGAGCCUUUUCUCGCAGCGAUAACCUCAAUGCUCAUUACACCAAGACUCACAGCAAGCGUGGCGGACGCAAUCGCUACGUUGCUACCCUGGACGAGGCCAGCCCAGACUAUGACCCCGAAUUCCGUGGCCAAUUGACCCCAGAUGGACGUCCAAUCUACGGGUCAAAACUAGAUGACCCAAUUCCGAUGGAUAACGACCUGGACGCGGAGUCUUGGGAUGAGUAA